AGAUUGUAUUGCAAUUUUCGUUUUUCAUCACAGCAUUUUCUGUUAUUACAAAUUUUUCCUCUUAUUACCUUUCUCUCCCACAAACCGGGAAUUGCGGCAAGUAGACUUGCUUAAUGAAAACUCUGUCUUAUGAAAAUGAGGUCUGAUUGGAUAAUCAAUAAUUUUUAACCUCAGAUCUGUGCUAUGACCCAAUAAUUUGUUAUAAUUUAUGCAAAUUAUUACAGAAUUAUUAUUGGCUAAACAUUAGUAAUUAUAUAGUAAUUAAUAAUAUGUGAAUACAACUUAGGUAUUGAAUUAUUGUGUUUCUAGUCCAAGUAACUGGCAAUUUAAUAUUCUUUAGUUCAAUAUCAACUCCAUAUCCGAGGAGAUCAGCGUUUAGUGCAGAAAAAAGUUAAAAUAAAAAUUAUAUUGUAUUAAGUUUGUUUUUAAUUCCACCUAAGUCAUUCUUAAUCGCGCCGUUGUUUUAUAAGUACGAUGUUAAGUGUAUUAAAGAGGAAUAUAUUAAUACUUAAAAAUUAUCAUCGUAUAUCGUUAUCCGGUCACAUACAACUUACACAACUGAACACUACAAAACGAAGUACACAUUCUUUUCAAUGGUUGGAACCCUUGCAUGGAAAUUGUAAAUGGAAUCAAACUAUAAAAGAAGCAAAACAAGCCGUGGGCUAUUCAACCACAAACUUAAGUUUACGAUGGAUUCUGAACGAUGACUUGUCAAUACUUAAGAAUAAAAUUGAUAAAAGCCAGCAUCCAUUAUUAAAAAAUAUAAAAUUCCUAUUGAAAACUGAGGAAAGUGCAGUUCAUAUCUGGGGCUUAAUUAUUUUGUUGCUGUCGGGGGCUGCUGGGCAUAAGGAAAUCUGCACUGAUAGUAGUGGUGGUGUGUUACACAGCCAGAGGGAUUUAGCCGAAAUCACACAAUUAAUUUUGAAAUCACAAAUAAUUCACUUUAACUUACUAAAUCUUCAGAAAACGACAAGAGCAGGCCAAGAUGUAGAGUCUUAUAAGGAUUUUCUAGUGGGCAAUAAAAUAGCUCUAUUAUUUGGUGACUUAUUGUUGGGCGGAUCAGUGCUUGAACUGUCCCAACUUAGAAACCAGGAAAUUGUCGGUUUAAUAAUGGCGGGCAUAAGAAAUAUUGCUGAUGGAGAAUUUUUGGGAAUUAGAGAUGAACAAAACUACCCUUUACCAUGGAGGGCACAAUCUUCAAACGGCUCAUACGAUGUGAGAAAGCCAAUUGAUGCUGAUUGCAGUAUUGAACCUUUAAAUAUCGCUGAGGUAAGAGGUAAUGCCGAAUUGGAAUGGGAACUUCGAAACGUCUUAAAUGGCGGCAGCCUAUUGGGAAAUGCAUGCAAAUCAGCAAUGAUAUUAGCCAAACACAACACUGACGUUCAGAAUGAAGCCUAUUUAUUUGGCAAACACUUUCAUUUAGCUUGGCAAUCAUCAAUAGACCUCAUGACAUUUAUGCCAACCAACAAUGUGGAAGAUCCGACUUGUUUCAGCUUAGUUAGUGCUCCAGUUCUAUACCAUUUGGAAAAUGACCCAUCACUCUAUGAUGAAAUUGAAAAAGGCAAAGAAAACGUGGAAAAUGUUAAUUACGAGAAAGUUCGCAAUAUCAUUUUGCGUGGUCCCGGCCUGAUUAAAACAGAACAAUUAUAUCGGAAGCAUCAAGAAGCUGUGUUGAAUUGCCUUUCAAAAUUUAAAAAUAAUGAUGCUAGAAAUGCUUUGAAAAAUAUGAUUUUGUGUUUAAAUAGACGUUGUGAAUAAAUAUUAAUUAAA